AUGCAGUCGCGGCUCCUGCUCCUCGGGCCGCCUGGCGGCCCUGCGGCCGCGCGGCGCGUGCGGCUGCUCCUGCGGCAGGUGGUGCGGCGCGAGCCGGGCGGCGCCGUGCCGCGCUUGGAGGCCAGGCUGCUGCACGCCGGGGCGGGGGCCGGCUCAGGUGAUACAGUUAAUAUUGGAGAUGUAUCCUACAAGUUGAAAAAUCCUAAGAACCCAGAACUUGUGCCACAAAACUACAUCUCAGACUCUCUGGCUCAAUCAGUAAUUCAACAUCUAAGAUGGAUAAUGCAGAAGGAUCUUCUGGGGCAAGACGUCUUUCUAAUAGGACCUCCUGGGCCUCUUCGGCGCUCUAUUGCUAUGCAGUACCUGGAGCUGACCAAAAGGGAGGUUGAAUACAUUGCUUUGUCAAGAGACACCACCGAAACCGACCUCAAACAGCGGCGAGAGAUCCGAGCGGGCACAGCUUUUUACAUCGAUCAGUGUGCAGUUCGUGCAGCUACAGAAGGUAGGACACUCAUCCUGGAAGGCUUGGAAAAGGCGGAGAGGAAUGUUCUGCCGGUUUUGAACAACUUGCUGGAGAACAGGGAGAUGCAACUUGAGGAUGGACGCUUCCUGAUGUCUGCCGAGCGUUACGACAAACUUCUCCAGGAUCAUACCAAAACAGAAUUGGAUGCUUGGAAGAUUGUCCGAGUUAGUGAAAACUUCCGAGUCAUUGCCUUGGGCUUGCCGGUGCCCAGGUACUCUGGGAAUCCAUUAGAUCCCCCACUCCGGUCUCGAUUUCAAGCCAGAGAUAUUUAUUAUCUGCCCUUCAAGGACCAACUUAAACUGUUAUAUUCAGUUGGAGCCAAUGUUCCUACUGAAAAAGUUUCUCAGCUCUUAUCCUUUGCUACCACUCUCUGUUCCCAAGAAUCUUCUACCCUUGGACUUCCAGAUUUUCCUUUAGAUAGUCUACCAGCUGCAGUUCAAAUUCUGGAUGCAUUUCCUAUGAUGUCAAUCCAACAUGCACUCCAGAGGCUUUACCCGUACACUGUUUUACUGGGACAUGAAGGGAAGAUGGCUGUGGAAGGGGUUUUAAAACGCUUUGAACUCGAGGAUUCAAGAAGGUCUAUGCUUCCUGAGGAGAUAGUGAGAGUGGAAAGGACAACCGAAAACAAUGUCUUCCAAGCUUCUGUGACCAUCCGGAUUGCAGAAAAAGAGGUGACCAUCAAGGUACCAGCCGGGACUAGGCCAUUGAGUCGACCCUGUACAUCAGACCGUUUUAUACAAACCUUGAGCCAUAAACAGCUGCUGGCUGAAAUGAUGCAGUCUCACAAGGUUAAGGACAUAUGUUUAAUUGGAGGAAAAGGUUGUGGAAAAACAGUCAUCGCUAAGAGCUUUGCAGAUACCUUGGGAUACAAUAUGGAACCUAUCAUGCUGCAUCAGGAUAUGACAGCGCGUGAUCUGCUGCAGCAGAGGUACACGCUUCCAAAUGGAGACACUGCCUGGCGGUCCUCACCCCUUGUAAACGCUGCUCUGGAAGGAAAGCUGGUUCUCCUGGAUGGCAUUCACAGAGUCAAUGCGGGGACACUUGCCGUGUUACAGAGGCUGAUCCAUGAUCGGGAGCUAAGCCUCUAUGAUGGCUCUAGGCUGCUGAGAGAAGACAGGUAUAUGCGCUUGAAGGAGGAGCUGCAAAUGUCUGAUGAGCAGCUACAGCAGAGAUCGAUUUUUCCUGUUCACCCCUCCUUCAGAAUCAUCGCCUUGGCAGAACCCCCUGUUACUGGAAGCACAACACAGCAGUGGCUGGGGCCGGAAUUCUUAACCAUGUUCUUUUUCCAUUACAUGAAACCACUUGUCAAAAGUGAAGAAAUCCAAGUGAUUAAGGAAAUGGUCCCAAAUAUGCCUCCGGAAGCUUUGGACAAAUUGUUGUCAUUUACGCACAAACUCAGAGAGACACAGGAUCCAACAGCGCAGUCACUGGCGGCAUCCCUUUCUACGAGACAGCUGUUGAGGAUUUCUCGUCGCCUGUCACAGUACCCUAACGAGAACCUUCACAACGCUGUCACCAAAGCCUGUCUUUCCAGGUUUUUACCAAGCCUUGCAAGGUCAGCAUUAGAAAAAAAUCUGGCAGAUGCUGCAAUAGAAAUAAGUACUGAUAAUAGUCCGGAGUCUGAUUUGGAGGAUUACAAAUGUGAAGUCUCUUCUGGAUCUCUGAGGAUUGGUGCGGUUAGUGCACCAAUCUAUAAUGCCCACGAGAAAAUGAAAGUGCCUGAUGUUUUGUUCUAUGACAACAUCCAGCACAUGAUAGUGAUGGAAGAUAUGCUCAAAGACUUUCUUCUUGGAGAACACCUAUUAUUGGUUGGAAACCAGGGUGUAGGAAAAAACAAGAUUGUUGAUAGAUUCCUUCACCUGCUCAACAGACCCCGAGAAUAUAUCCAGCUGCACAGGGACACCACAGUCCAAACACUUACUGUUCAGCCUUCUGUUAAAGAUGGACUUAUUGUAUAUGAAGACUCACCUUUGGUUAAAGCAGUAAAAUUGGGUCAUGUUCUGGUAGUAGAUGAGGCAGACAAGGCUCCAACAAAUGUCACCUGUAUUUUAAAAACUCUGGUAGAAAAUGGAGAAAUGAUUCUAGCAGAUGGACGACGCAUUGUUGCAAAUGCUGCACUAGUCAAUGGAAGAGAAAAUGUUGUAGUGAUUCAUCCUGAUUUUAGAAUGAUUGUUCUGGCUAACAGACCUGGAUUUCCUUUCCUAGGCAAUGAUUUCUUCGGUACCUUAGGUGAUAUUUUUAGCUGCCAUGCCGUGGAUAAUCCCAAACCCUACUCAGAACUCAAGAUGCUCAGGCAGUACGGCCCAAAUGUGCCUGAGCCCAUCCUUCAGAAGCUCGUUGCUGCCUUUGGAGAGCUGAGGAAUUUAGCUGACCAGGGUAUUAUUAACUACCCUUAUUCUACCAGAGAGGUUGUCAACAUAGUCAAGCAUUUGCAGAAGUUUCCCACUGAAGGUCUCUCCAGUGUGGUUAGGAACGUGUUUGACUUUGAUUCCUACAACGACGACAUGAGGGAGAUUUUGAUUAACACUUUGCACAAAUAUGGAAUACCAAUCGGAGCGAAAAUAUCCAAUGUGCGGCUGGCGAAGGAGUUGCCUCUGCCGGAGCAGACCUUCAUGGGCUACUGGACAAUUGGUCAGUCAAGAAAUGGAAUGCAAAAACUGCUGUGUCCAGCAGAAACUCAUCAUAUAGAUGUUAAGGGUCCAGCACUUAUAAACAUACAGGAAUAUCCAGUAGAAAGACAUGAAGGAAGAUCCCAAACCUUUACUGAAGAAUGUAGCUCCUGGAGGUUACCACUGGAUGAAAUGAACUUAAUCUGUGAUGUUGCUACAACACAUGAAAAUGAGGAAAAUACUCUGUAUGUAGUUGCAUGCAAUCCCGUGUCCUUAUACUUUAUGAAUAUGACUGGGAAAAGCGGCCACUUUGUGGACCUUUUCGACAUCUUCCCGAGAACGGCCAGUGGAAUCUGGCAUCCAUUUGUGACGGUGGCACCAUUGGGAAAUCCCCUAAAGGGUCAAGUGGUUCUCCAUGAGCAGCAGAGCAAUGUCAUCCUGUUGCUGGAUCCCACUAGCCAAGCCCUUCGCCGUCUCAUCCUGCCUUCAGAAGAAUUUACAAUGAAGAAAACUUCCUGGUGGAACAAGGAGGAAGCUGAAACUUACAAAAUGUGUAAAGAGUUUUCACACAAAAACUGGCUAGUGUUCUACAAAGAAAAAGGGAACACCCUGUCUGUGCUGGAUGUUCUAGAAGGGCGAACUCACACCAUCUCACUUCCCAUCAACCUCCAGACGGUUUUUCUCGUAGCAGAAGACAAAUGGCUUCUGGUGGAGAAUAAAACAAAUCAGAAGUAUCUUUUAACUACACCUGCACACAUCGAAUCUAAGGACAGUGGGGUUUGCCAGUUGUAUGUGUUGAAAGAGGAGCUUCCUAGCCCAGGGUUUGGAGUCAUGCAAGAAACAGACCACAGCAUACCUCAUACAAUUUCAAGUAAUCAACUAUCAUCUGAAAAUCUGAGUUCAGCUGUGGGACAAAAGAUUGACUCUCCAAACCGAAUUCUCUCAGAUAAGAAUAGUUAUGCUACAAUUGUUGUUGGUUUCCCAGAUCUCAUGUCACCUAGUGAAGUUUAUUCUUGGAAAAGGCCAUCAUCUUUGAGUAAAUCAAGAGUCACUGAUACAACAUUCUAUGGAGGAAAGAAGAAAAGUGGAACCGCAAAACAGAGCAAUUGUGUGACUCUCUUGGAUACUAAUCAGAUAGUCAGGAUUUUGCCCCCAGGAGAAGUCCCUCUAAAAGACAUCUACCCAAAAGAUGUUACCCCUCCACAGACAGCUGGAUAUAUAGAAGUUACUGAUCUCCAGUCCAAGAGACUUCGAUACAUCCCGAUUCCUGAGUCAGACUCUCUGUCACCGUAUACCACGUGGCUGUCUACUAUCUCGGACACAGACGCACUGCUAGCUGAGUGGGGCAAAGGUGGCGUUGUCACUGUUGAUAUGGGAGGCCGUGUCCGGCUUUGGGAAACGGGCCUUGAGCAUCUGCAGCGGUCACUCAUGGAAUGGAGAAACAUGAUUGGAGAAGAAGGUGACAGACACAUGCAGAUAACAAUUGAAAGAGAGAGCGGUGAAGACGUGAGUUCCCCCAAGCACGGGAAGGAGGACCCAGACAACAUGCCACACGUGGGUGGUAACACUUGGGCUGGCGGCACAGGUGGAAGAGACACCGCAGGCCUGGGCGGCAUGGGAGGUCCUUACCGGCUGGAUGCAGGCCACACGGUCUACCAGGUCUCUCAGGCCGAGAAAGACGCUGUUCCAGAGGAGGUGAAGAGAGCGGCGAGAGAGAUGGGCCAGAGAGCGUUUCAACAGAGGCUAAAGGAGAUCCAAAUGAGUGAAUAUGAUGCUGCCACCUACGAAAGGUUUUCGGGGGCUGUUCGACGACAGGUGCACUCCCUCCGAAUUAUCCUGGAUAAUUUACAGGCGAAAGGUAAAGAAAGACAGUGGCUAAGACACCAAGCUACUGGGGAGCUAGAUGAUGCCAAGAUCAUCGACGGGCUGACUGGAGAAAAGGCCAUCUACAAACGCCGGGGUGAGCUGGAGCCACAGAUGGGCAGCCCCCAACAGAAACCCAAGCGCCUGCGCCUGGUGGUAGACGUGUCGGGCAGCAUGUACCGCUUCAACGGGGUGGAUGGCCGGCUCGAGCGCUCGAUGGAAGCCGUGUGUAUGGUCAUGGAGGCCUUCGAGAACUAUGAGGAGAAGUUUAAGUAUGACAUCGCUGGACACUCUGGAGAUGGAUACAACAUUGGUCUAGUUCCAAUUAACAAAAUCCCCAAGGACAAUAAGCAAAGACUAGAAAUUCUCAAGACGAUGCACGCCCACGCUCAGUUCUGCAUGAGUGGGGACCACACCUUAGAGGGCACAGAGCAUGCCAUCAAGGAAAUCGCCAAAGAGGAAGCUGAUGAGUACUUCGUCAUCGUCUUAAGUGAUGCGAACCUGUCUCGCUAUGGAAUACAUCCUGCCAAGUUUGCCCAGAUCCUGACAAGCAACCCUCAAGUAAAUGCUUUCGCCAUCUUCAUUGGCUCUUUAGGCGACCAAGCAGCCAGGCUUCAGAGAACUCUACCAGCGGGCCGGUCUUUCGUUGCCAUGGACACCAAGGACAUCCCUCAGAUUUUACAACAGAUUUUCACCUCCACCAUGCUGUCCAGUGUUUAAGAAGUGCCCUUAUCACCCUGGUGACCCUGGGAUUUGAAAUAAGAUACAAAGAAAGUAUCCUGAAGAAAAGAAGAGGUCUAUCAAGUGUCCGUGUGCAAUGACUGGAUAAUUCUGGCAUUCCUGGGCCUUCCUGCACUUGCUAAGUAAUCAGAAUUCAGAGAAGCAUCCAGAGUGAGGCCCGUGCACCACUGAGGUGUGAUCACUAGAGGAAGCAAGUUGACCUGCAUUAUGUGAAAGGUCAGGGUUAAAGGAAGGUGGUUUGAGAAUGGUGGUGCAUGGUCUAUUUCCAAAACCCUGAGGGAUGAAGAGGACCUUGCUGUUGCCUUAAUGCAUCACCUGGUCACUUAGGAUGAAAAAAGUGACCUCGGUAAACGAAGCCUUUGAUGCCACAUUCUGACACUGGAAUGCAACUCUAUGCAAACCCACUGAAUCUGCUCCUGUUCAGUAAUUAUUUUUAUUUUUUUCCUCUGCUCUGUAUUGCCCAACAAACAAUGAUUUGAUAGUCUUCAACCCACUUGAAAGUCCUUUCAACAACAGUAUUCUAUAAAAGGUUGGGUUUUCUCAAUAAUUUCAUUGUCUUAGCCAAAACCAAAAGGAAUCAAAAGCUCCUUGGAGUGCUUCCUUUCCCAUGUGACUUUUAAAGGGCUUUUUAAAGAAUAAAGAGCAAAUGUUGCUGGGAUUGGGAGGAUAAAAGAUGUCUUGCCUCGAGUUUCCUGUCUGUUCUCCUUCAGGGCUUCUCAAAGUUUCAUAGUCCUCCAUUUUGGUGUCAAAAAUGUAGCAGUUCAAAAUAACAAAUGCUUAUUUUUUUUUUUACAUAAAACGAAGUGAAAACAAGGCAGUAUGUUUGAGCUGAAUGGUAACUGGAGAUUUCUUUAGCUAUUUAAAUAAACAGCCUUAUUCGUUUUUUAAAAAAAUUAUUUCUAAUUGGAGGAUAAUUGCUUUACAAUGCUGUGUUGGUUUCUGCCAUACAACAGUGUGAAUGAGCAUUAAGAAUCACAUAUCCCCUCCCCCGUGAACCUCCCACCCCCACCCCACCCCUCCAUGUCGCCUCCGAGCUCCAGCUUGGGCUCCCUGUGAUAUACAGCACAUUUCCACUUCUUGUUGUUCAAUCACUCAGUCUUGUCUGACUCUCUGAGACCGCAUGGUCGCAGCACGCCAGGCUUCCCUGUCCUUCACCAUCUCCCGGAGCUUGCUCAGACUCAUGUCCGUCGAGUCAGUGAUGCCGUCCAAAUUCCCACAGCUAUCCGAUGGUGGUGUAUUUAUGUCAACGCUCCUCUCUGGGUCUGUCCCACCCUUUCUUUCCCCCGCUGUGUCCGCAAGUGUGUUCUCUAUGUCUGCAUCUCUAUUCCUGCUCUGUCAGUCGGUUCAUUGGUACUAUUUUUCUAGAUUCCAUAUAUAUCUUGUUAAUACGUGAUAUUUGUUUUUCUCUUUCUGAUUUACUUUACUCUGUGUAACAGGCUCCAGGCUCAUCCAUCUCAGCUCAACUGACUCAAAUUUGUUUCUUUUUAUAAGUCUCAUUCUUUUUUAUUUCCCCAAAAUGUACCUCAUUCCCACCCUCUCUUGGGCUGACCUUUACUUAUCAAUAGGCUCGAUGUCCAGUGUUUUUUUUUAAGUCAAAUGUUCCAGCAGAAGUCAGCCUCUUUUCAACCAUGUAAUAAAAGUUUCUCUUCAUCACUGAUGGCGAAGUCCAAAAUGCUGGGAGCACAAAUAUGUGUGUGCUUUCUUACGACAAGCUGGAAAAACUAGUCUUGUUAUUAAGGUUAUUUUAUUCACCCCUACAUGGUGGGAACUGUACAGUUCAUUUCAUUUUAAUUAAUUACAGCAAAGAAAUGAUAACCCUCAUCUGUUUCACCACCCCAUCUCCGUACCAAAGAAAUAGAAGCAAUCAGCUUUCCCGUGCAGUAUUGCCCAGCCAGUUUGCAUGACUUGUCUUGUUUCUCGAGACAGACGCGUGUUCUGUAUAUUGAAUCAUCCAAAGAUGCAAAUGAUUUCAAUCCAAUAAAUAUCUUUAAAAAUAUAAUUGCAUUAACAAUAUCACAUAAUGAUAAUAAAAGAAUGGCAGCUAGCAUUUACUGAUCACUGUGUACCACGUAUGCUAAGCGAUUUCAUACAUUAUUCCAUUCAGUUAUCACAACAAUGCGUGUAAAAUAGGUUAUUUUUUAACCUCUUUUUACAGAUAAAAGAAGGGAGGCUCAGAGAACUUAAGACUAUUGAUUGCUCAUUGUACCUGUGGCUCAGACAGUAAAGAAUUUGCCUGCAAUGUAGGAGACAGGGCUUAGAUCCCUGAGUCAGAAAGAUCCCCUGGAGAAGGGAAUGGCUACCCACCCCAGUAUUCUUGCCUGGAGAAUUCCACAGACAGAGGAGCCUGGCGGGCUACAGUCCAUGGGGUCACAAAGAGUCGGAUAUGACUGAGCCACUAACGCUUGUACUACUAACAUCCUCAUUUCACAAAGGACACUGAGCCUGGGGAACUCCAAGAAAACAGGCACACUCGCAGCCAGGCGGGGGCCGAGCUGUGACCCUGGACUGUCCCCUCUCAUGCUUUAUUCUUGCAAACUGACCACAUUUCCUGGAGCUCUCGACUCUCCCCACUACUUGGAAACUAGCUGCACAAUUCGAGUGCUUGGAGGAGGGGUGGGGACCAAGGACAGGGGACCCUGCUGGAGGGACACAGCCCAUGGAUCCUUCCUGGGCACAGCAUCAGCUUGAGGAAGUGCCCAUCCAAAUGGCAGCUUCAUCCCUAGGGAUGCCCCUUUGCUGAAGGGUCACUGCGCCUGAAAGUCUUUGGAAGUUGAACCCAAGAGUGAUUGAUGGAACAGCCUUUUAACAAUCGUCCCCAUGAGUUAACUACCUGAAUAAGCAGAAGCCUUUAUUUUUUUUUUAAACAUGGAAAGAAUGUUCUCAAGUAAUUUAAUUUCCCUUUCCCCACUGGCCAGACAGCCUUUGCAAAAGUUAUUUUUUAAAAAAUGUAUAACUCCCUGGCUUUCCUGAUUUGUAAAAGGAAAGGAAGGUGGGGGAGGGGAAUAGAGAGUGAGAAGAUGACGGGCUUCUUUUCGCUUCUUGCAAUAAAUACCUAAGAAGUUG